CGCAGCGACAAGAUGGCGGCGGGAGGCAGCGGCGGGCGCGCGUCGUGCCCGCCGGGGGUCGGCCCGGGCGCGGGGGGCGCCCCGGGGCCCAGCGCCAACGCCGCCGCGCCCGCCCCGGGCAACGCGGCCGCCGCCGCCGCUGCCGCCGCCGCCGCCGCUGCCGCCGCCGCCGCCGCCGCCUCCGCGCCCGGGCCGGCCCCCGCCGCCGCCGCCGCCGCCGCCGCCGCGCCGGGCCCCGGGGCGGACGCGCAGGCCGCGGGCGCCGAGCGCGAGGAGGCGGCGGGGGCGCUGCUGCGCGAGCCCGCGUACAACUGGCAGGCGUCGAAGCCCACGGUGCAGGAGCGCUUCGCCUUCCUCUUCAACAACGAGGUGCUGUGCGACGUGCACUUCCUGGUGGGGAAGGGGCUCGGCGCGCAGCGCGUCCCGGCGCACAGGUUCGUGCUGGCCGUGGGCAGCGCCGUCUUUGACGCCAUGUUCAACGGGGGCAUGGCCACCACGUCCACGGAGAUCGAGCUGCCCGACGUCGAGCCCGCCGCCUUCCUGGCGCUGCUCAAGUUCCUGUACUCGGAUGAGGUGCAGAUCGGGCCCGAGACGGUCAUGACCACGCUGUACACGGCCAAGAAGUACGCGGUGCCGGCGCUGGAGGCGCACUGCGUGGACUUCCUCAAGAAGAACCUGAGGGCCGACAACGCCUUCAUGCUGCUCACGCAGGCCCGCCUGUUCGACGAGCCGCAGCUGGCCAGCCUGUGUCUGGAGAGCAUCGACAAGCACACGGCCGACGCCAUCGCCGCCGAGGGCUUCACGGACAUCGACCUGG